UUUGCUGAAUUUGAAUCAUUCAAAUGAAUAUUCUAAGAAUGGAAAUCCGUAGUUCCGAAAAAGUGGUUCUUUCCUUGUCAGUCGUUGCGAGCUUGGUUUAUUGGGGAUGGACAUGGUGGAGAAAUCAAAAUGGAACGGAUGUGAAGCAGGUGUCUAACAGACGAAACCCGAACAUUUUCCACAUGGUUCGUUCGCCAGGCUCGCCGAGAACACGAGACGCCCAUAAGAAUCGCGGGUGUACUUGUAAAAUGAUUAGCACUAAAGACGAUUGUCAGGAGAGAAAGCAAAAAUCCAAGGACAGUGGAGAGAAGGAAGUUGACACAAAUCAAAAUUUGAUUCCGUCUUCAAUGAGAAACUCUCGUCGAAUUAUGCUCAAUAGAUAAUUUUCGUGUAAAAAUAAACGUUUUAUUUAUAUUGUUUUUUCACGUGACCUCUGAGGUCACGUGCC